AUGAGACAGACACGUGGAAGGGCAUUCCUGGAAAUGGAGAAGUACAUAAAUAAGCGUAAAAAAGAGCUUCGUUCAGAGUGAAAUUGGUAAGUGAGAGAAAGUUGCAGUGCACGCCUUAAGAAGAAGGAGACCUCGUGAAGGAGGAGGCUGUUAGAAUUCGCAUUCUAAGGCAUGACUACUGCGGGGAAAUCAGCGGUGGUGGUGGAAGGCUCACCACAGUCAAAUGCGCGUGCUGGUGGGGUGUUUGCCUUGAAAAGGAAAGCAGAAUUUAUUAAAAGUGCAUCUCCCGUGCGUAGAAGUGGUAGGCUGAUGCUGGUACAGCUUAAGAAGAGACCAAAGCGGGAUGCUGAACAUGUGGAUUUAGGUGAAGAAAAGGAUGAUGGGUCCAAAGAUGCUGAUGAUGUAGAGAAAGAGGAUAAGGAUGACGAUGAGGUUAUGGAUUGUGCAGGAAAUGAUGCUGAAGAUCCUGAGCAUGAGGGUGAUAGUUCUGAUAGUGACGAUGAUUUUGAGGAACCCCCAAAGAAGAAUAUCAGUGUGGAUAUCCCUCAACCAGUGAAUUCAAAAGUUGCAACAGUGGUGAAGAAAAGGAAGGACGGGCUUCGGAAGAUGAAGGAAAAGUACAUGAGGAUAAAGACGAGAUCUUCACCACAUGUGUUGCAGGGAGUGUUGGAUGCUCUGAAUAACAUCCAAAAGCAGGAGAUAGAAAAGAUUGGUUUCGGUUCUAUUCUGAGGUUACGGUUGACAGAGCUGCCUGCCAAAUUGGGGUAUUGGGUGGUAAAGAAUUUUAAUCCAAGGAGCAGCACACUUGAGCUUCCAAAGCAUGUCAGAUUGCAUAUCAGCAUAGAAGAUGUUGAGCAUGUGUUGGGCUUUCCGAGGGGAAAUAUUAAGAUAAGUAACAAAGCAAGGAGUGAGAAAUGUAGCUUGGUUGAGGAGUGGAGAGCAGAAUUUGGCAAGAAGGAUAAUAGGAUAACGCCGUUGGAGUUGGGUCAGAAGCUGUUGACAUACGAGGAGGGUGGGGUGUGGUUUGUUCGCCAUUUUGUGUUGUUGGUAGUGGCACUUCUCGUAGAUACUCCAAGCCAUGGUUACGUUAACCCUGCUGUGUUGAAGAACAUAGCUAACAUUGAUUCAGUAGUGAGAUUGAAUUGGUGUGAAUAUGUGCACAGGACAUUGAUAGACAGUGCAAUCAGGUGGGAGGAUGGAAAGAGUAAAUACUUCACAGGACCAUUGAUGUUUCUGAUGGUUUUCUAUGUUGAUAGGGUGGUUCUUUACAAUAGGGAUGUGGAGAGGACAGCACCUGCUUUUGUUGGCUGGACAUCAAAGAUACUUAGGGAUAGAGAGAAUAAAGAAGUGAAGGCUGGUGGCUUUGGUUUGGGAUUUGACGAUGGAAAGUAUGUGUGUGAGAAAUCUGUAGCUGAGGAAAACAACGCGGAUGACAAUGCAAAGGGGGCAGAAGGCAUUGAGGUUCGAGGAGAGAAAGAUUCUAUUUUGAGAGAAGGCACUCAGCAGACCGAGAUGCGAGAUGAGGAUGGUGAUGUCUUGAAGUUUGCAGAAAAGGGUAAGAUGCUGGCAAAGUCAGUCGUGGAGUUAGUGUCGUUAAUGGAGGGCGCACCAGCUGAGGCGAUGAAGAACGAUGUUUAUGUGGAAUUGCAGAUUGCUGCUGGAAGGUUACUGGGAUUAGUGAAUAAAAAUCCAAAAGAUGGUGUGCAGCCUGCGGAAUGUGCAUUUUCUGAAGUGUCUUAUGAUGAGUUCAUUUGGAGCGAUCCUUCAAAUAUCUCUAAGUUGGUUGCAUCAGAGGAGGCAGAGUUGGCGAGGAGGAAGUUCAAGCAGAUGGUGGCUGAUAUACCCUCCUUUAGCCUUGGCAUCACACAGGAUGGUGCUUUGCAAGUAAGUGGUGAUCACCAUGUGGUUGAUGUUGGUAAUUGCAGCAACAGUCCAUUUACCCCUGUGCUUGGAGUUAGUAAUGUGAAUCAGGAACUCGCCAAUGCUUCGAAUGAACCGAGAGGGUGUGGUGAACCUGGAACUAACUUGCAUACGAAAGGUGGGGAAGCAUGUGGUCAAGGGUCUGCCAGUGCUGCCAUAAGAAGACAUGAUACAUCAGUAGUCAACGAAAAUGAAGAGGGCAUGAUGGAUAAUGUUUUGGGAGAGGCACUGCCUUUCAAAAGUGAGGUGGAAAAGCAAAAUGAACAGCUGAAACCCGCUCGGGUAAUUAAACCAGCAGAAUCUCUACGGUCUCCGUACGUGACAAGAGCAGUGGAUUUGAAUGAUGGUUUGAGUACUGUGGAAAAGAGAUUGGGGAGAUGGAUCUUUAAAAACAGUAGUGCUCCAAGGGAGGAAGUUGUUUUUAAAAAGGGUAAGUUUUGGUUAAGUAGAGAAGAUAUUUGUAGUCUGGACAUAUUGAAACACAUUUCAAAGAAGGUGUUGGAUGCAUGGUGUGUGAUUUUAAAGCCAGUGCUCUACAGCUAGUGCGGUUGGAAACACGACGCCGAAUCUUUUUCUUACCAUUUGGGGUGCUCGCAGACAUACUGGGAGCAUUGCUGGAGAGCUGAGCAGCGUGUUUAUGACCUUCACGACUGCAUAAAAUAUACUUCCAUAC